AUGAAGGCUCUCCCCCACCAGAAUGAACUCUUCCUGCUUGCCAGUGGGGAGGGAGAGCAUUUGGCCAGCCAGAGCACGGCCACUGCCAGGAAGCACAGUGUCAUUCCAGCCUCCUGGCAGGCCCAACCUAAACUCCAGAAAAGCCGACAAAGGGACAAAGGAGUGGUUCCAGGGAAGACCUCUGGCCUGACUCGACAGCUCUGGAACCCACAGUCUUUGGCUGCUGCCCUGGGCCUGCCCUCUGCCUGUCCCUCUGUCUCAUGUGGCCAAACCCCCCAAGCUGCCACAGCUCUGGUGGAUUUUCCCACUGCCCUCACCAUCCUGCUGAAGUGGCCAGUCCUCACGAAGUGCCAGCUACUGCUCCUGGAGUCCCUUAUGCAGCCGAAGAUUGCACACCUGAAGUGGGGCCUCUCCCAGCAGAUCCUAGAAUCCUACUUGCACUUUAACUUCUUAGCACCAUGCCCACUGCCCCUUGAGGGGGUGAGGCUCCCUGGGUUACACAAGGCCUGUGAGCUGCAGGGGCAGCAGGAAAGGCAUUGUGGGGCCCAGGGCCCCAGGCCAGGCCUUAAGUCCCCAGAGAGGUCCCAGAGCGUUCGGCGCCAAGAAAGGAAAAGCUCAAAACGUCCUACGCAGGCCAGAGCUCUGGAGAAGCGUAGACCACACCAGACAGAGCCAAUGGGCGUUUCUAUCCAUCCUGAAAAGCCUAAGAGAACACCUUCAGCUCCAAAAGGAGUCUGCACUCUGCUGCAGCAAGGCUGA